GCACAGACAAGCACAUAGGGUUUAUCCACACCAUUAAAGCUGGGAAGUUGCCAACAAAACACAACAAAUUUAUCUUAAAAAGGCCAGACAUAUUACUUUCGGAAUCUGAUUGCACGUACACUUGUUUCUUAUUCCAAUUCCAGAAAAUACCAGGCGGCACUGGUUCAGCUCUACAGGGAGCAGCAAGUGGUUAUGUUUCAAAUUUACAGGGAGAGAGAGGCGGAAACCAGUCAAAUUUUCAGGGAGCGACAGGCGAAGAAAAGCCAGGCUUAAAAGAAACAGAAAUUGAGCUGCCCAUGCAGAAACUGGCAAUACGAAGCAACUCCAGCUUUACCAUGUCAGACGUUUUUCAAAAACUCGGCUAUGCUGAGAUAGAUGUGAUUACAGCGAGAACUGAAUUAGAGAGCAAAGGUAACAUGAAUCCGACAGCAGAAGAAAUAAUAAAUACAAUACUUGAUAUUCAGGAGAAGACACAGAAUACUGAUCGUAAUGUGUCUACACAACACAGCGAGGAAGAUUUACAGGCAAUACAAGAGGAGAAUGAACGACUGUCUAAAAUGGUACACUGUAUGUUAUGUGUAACAAAUGAAGCGGACAUUUUAUUCCUUCCGUGUACUCACCAUCGAGUAUGCAAAAACUGUGCUAAGAACGUUAUUUUCUGUCCUGUCUGUGACCAUUUCAUAAAAGAAAAAGUGAAAACCUACAGGGCGUGAAUGACCUGGCAUUACCGGUUAGAAACAAUUAAUGUUUAGAAGUUCAUUUCUGUGUGAGCAUUCGCGGACGAGUCACCUUGGUGGAGAGAUUGAAAAGUAAAGAUGCUCAAAAGCCAAGAAGUCGCCUUCAAGAAAUGUAGAAUAUCUGUCACAGAGCAAGCUAGGUCGUCAAGUGGUGAAAGAGGAACAAAAUCAUUGUCCAGCGGAAUAGCUGCACCCAGAUACAAAGCCAUUCAGUAAAGCACUCCACAUGACAAUAGUGGUACAUGCAACUCUUUACACUUGCACACCGACUUGACACGUGUUAACAUAAAUACAAAUGAACGCAAUAAUAAAAGCACAAACAGGCAGGCGCUUUGAAUUGUGUGAAAUCUGACAACAAUGUUUGCACAUAGUAACUGAGUAAAAUACCCAACUAAAACCAAACUUUGUACGAGAAAAACGUACAUGUUUUCAUUUAGCCCUAUAAUCACAAAAUGUUUUACUUUAUUUUCGUUGUUAUUUCUUUUAUUUCUAGUUAUAAUACUAAUAGUAAUAAUGAUAAUAGAUUCAUUUAACGAAGAUAACAUAUCGGGCUAUAGCCAGCUUUAUAUAUGAAUACUAAUACAAUAAUUUUAAGAAAAAACAUUUAUUGUGUGAUGUAAUACAUGAAUCAAAAUGUAGUUUUAUGAACAAACUAAUUAUUGAUGAAAUAAACAGUAUGUGAUGAAUGUUAUUUCUGGAGAACAGCAGAAACGCCAAUUAUAUAUAUGUAGCUACGAAAUAAAUGUUACUUGUAAUUCACUCAUCAAAUCACUACAAACUCUUAGUAAGAAAUGUACAGAAAACUUUCACUACAGUUAAAAAACAAUAUUAUUGUAAUUUUGUCUGCAUGGAAGUAAAUAUUAUAGACUAAAGAAAACAUACCAUUAAAUUAUAUAAAACUUGAAAAAGACAGUUAAUGACAAGACAUAAAGAUGAAACAAUGAAGAAGAAAACAAAAUCAAAAAACAGAAUUACCAUACGAAUUAUGCACAACUAAAUAUAGAUAAACAAUUUUUAUGGAAGUUACAAUAUCUGAGAAAUGAAUGAACAGUGUACACAGAUACAAUGAUAUUAUGCAUUAUAUUGUGGAUCGUGGUGGGCAGAAAGGAAAUGGAAUGUUCACAUCAGGAAAUAGCCAUAACAGCUACAUUUCCCCCUGAGGCUACCAUUUCACUAUUGCCUUGCACCAGUGCUUAAAGCCAUACAUAGUACGUACAGACGAGCUUCAUAUAGAGGUUCAUCCGCUGGUAAUUGUUGCCAUCCUAUAUUAAUUGAAAGAUACUACACAGCACCCAUUGAGGCUAUAAUUGAGCACCUAGACAAUUCGUGCGGAGUUAAAUAGCACGAUUAUUUCGCCAGGGAAGUGUAAACAUCCAAUUGACAACAGAAAAUAACCUGUCAAGACGGUUGAAACAUUCAACCAACAACAGGCACCCCCAAUCUAGUGUGUACUAGGAGACUAAGUGAUAUAUAUUGAGACAGUAUGUACAAUAGAUUUGGUUUAAGAGCUAGAGUUGAUAAACAUAUUACAAAAAGAGAUUGCUUACUGGUUUUGUUCUAGAAAUUUUGAGAUACUCAUUUAUGAUUUUAGUCUUCUGUUGUUACAAUAGGAAACUGUUGUGAUGAAUUUGUUAAUGUAUUGCGGUGUCAUAUAACAUGUAGUAAGUGUUACAACAUGUGUGAUAGGCAACCACAACAUGUGUGACAGCAACCCCAAGUCCCUGAAGAUAUCCGCUUAGGUCUUUAUGGGUUAUUAGCAGCUUGUUUUUUGAAGUCUAGCGUCCAAUUAGUUGUGGAUCGGGGACGUAAGGGGUGUUGCACUUUCCAUUACCUCUCAUGACAAGACCCGAUCAAAUCGGGUCUGCCAUAAUUAUUCUUCGUUACGUUUUAUGCUUCAAAAAGUUUUACAAAUAAAUACCGUUACUGCAUUAGCCUUUAUGUGCCGUAAUGCCGAGGUAUAAAAUCACCACGUACACCGACCUAGUGUUAUUAUUUCUAGCUUUUAAGGAUUAUGGAUUCGUAUUAUAUGUUUAAAUAGAGUUUCGCGUUAGUCUGUACUAAAGGGGCCAACAGG